CUCAAUCAAACUGCCCAAAAGUGUCUCUUCCUCUCUCUCUUUUCAUUUUGUUUUGUUUGUUCUGUUAACACAGAUCACCGUGAUUCAAAAAGUUUCAUCUUCUUUUCGUUUCAAACUACUCAACUACACUUGUCUGCAUCAAAUUAAUUUUCAUGGUUUCUUUAACAAAAUAGUUUUGGAUUAUGGUGAUGAAAUGGGAUCUGUGAAGAGAAAAAUAGUUUUGGGUGAAGCUAAGCAGGGAGGUGGUUGUCUUAUUCUUUUCUUCCUUUUGCAGCCACCCGAAACAACCCUUGUUCCAUUCAAACCGCCGCUUUACCGGAAGGUUUGAUGCAACUACUGUAAUUUUCUUGAUUAAUAAGAAAGAAAAAGCUAUGAUUUUUCGAAGCUUGUUGUUUGUCGCGGGAACAAACACACUAGCACAUAGCUUUUUCGGGACUCGUCUACCGGUUGUUAUUGGCGCAUCACAUGUAUAUGUGCCGACCACCUUCUUGUCAGUGGUUCUGGCGGGUAGAUACCAUGACAUUGUGGAUCCCACCGAGGAAUGAAGUUCCAAUUACUUGUGAUAAUUGGAGAAAUAAACAAUUGAACGAAGCUAAAGACAAAAUAUGGAGUGAAAUAAAGAGGUGUUUCGACAUCGAAGAAAACAGAAGAGAUCAUUGUCUCAAAUUGGCCGGAAAGUUACUAAGAGGGUUUAGAACCUUUUUAUCAACCACCUUUCUUAGGGAUACGGAAGGUACUUUUGUUGAUGCAGAGCUUCCAUCUAAAUAUGCAAGUUUGAUUUCACCUAAAGAAUGGGAAACGUUUAAAUCCAAACGAAAAACCCAAGAAUUUAAGAGUGUAAGUGAAACAAACCGGCAAAGAGCAUCAAGUCCGGCGUAUCCCUAUAGAAAAGGGCGUGUUGGAUAUGGACGCUUAGAGCAGUCUAUAUUAACAAAGGAGAAUAGUUCUGAAACAUCUCUUCCGGCACAUGUUUUGUGGAAGGAAGCCCGUGUCGGUAAGGAUGGAAAGAUUAAAGAAGACGUUCAACAAAUAUUUGAGAAAUGUGAGACUCUAUCUCAAUCUAUAGUUCCAUAUGAAGACACUGAUUGCAGGAGCAUACUGAGUCGAGCAUUAGAUGUUCCCGAGUAUUCUGGUCGGGUGAGGGGCAAGGGAUUUGGGAUCACUCAAAAAUCCUUGAAUAUUAAAAAACAAAAGACUCCUAGCAAUAAAGAACUGCAGCAAACUUUGGAAGCAUUAAAAGCUGAAGUUCUUGAAUUAAGAAAGGAAAGAGAAAGAGAUCGAGCAGCGGGUUUUAAAGAUACUAGUGACAAAGAUAGUAUCAAUUGUAAUUUUCAACCGACUAUUCCAGAGGGCAUUUCACCUUGUCACCUCUACUUAGCGAGACCGACUUAUCGGAUGGUUGGCAAGGGGAAAGUUCAUAACAAUUUGGGUGAAUUACUUCACACUAAACCGCUCCCUACUGGAUCUUUGAAAGUCUCGGUUGAUAUUGCUUUGGAGAAGGAUGCGUUAUUACCACAUCCUGACGAUGUUUCGGAUGCAACUUUAUUGGGAGAUGCCAUAGGUUCAUUUGUUGCAUGGCCGACAGACCUCAUUAUCGUAGGAUAUGAGACUCCCACAAAAUCCAAAGCAAAAGAUAAGGGGAUUGCGCGGGAAAUCGAGUCAGUUGCAUCGCAAAAAGAGAUUCCUGUUGCUAAGAAGACCGAAAUUUCCAAGAGGACCGGGGCUAAAAAGAAAAAUCCUUCCAAGUAUAGAGCGUGCCUCCAUACAUAUUUAGAAACGACAGAUAUUUCGGAUGGAUGUGUUCGUUUAAUACCUAUGGAUGGAGCUAUUUUUGGUUUUGAGUAUGCCGAGCCAUUGGGUAAAGAGGAUUUUGAUCAAAUUUUGUAUCAUACGCAAUUAAGCGUUGGUGUUAUCAACACAUACAUGAGGUAUUUAUAUGACAAAUUGAUGGGUCCGCGUGGGUUGGAGCAAAGAUUCUCAUUCUUAAAUCCCAUGAAAACGAACUUAACCGAAAUGAUAAGAAAACCAGAUGAAGUCAGGACGUAUGUAGUCGAGCGCUUUAUGGCCGACACAGAUAGAGGAAAGUUGUUCUUUUUACCGUUUAAUACCGGCGACGGUGGACAUUGGUUGUUGGUCGCGAUAAAUCCUUUUAAAGAAAUUGUGUAUUAUUUGGAUUCUUUACACAAUGAUUGGACAACAUACCCUGCUAUGAAGACGAUAGUUGACACCAUUAUACAAACUGUUCGAGCACAAAGAAAAAUUCAAGUACCAAAGAGAAAAGCCAAUAACAUUACAUGGAAUAGAGUGGAGUGUCCUCGACAGCGUAAUAAUAUAGAUUGUGGAUAUUACACGUUGAGGUUUAUGAAAGAAACUCUUCUUAUGGAUCGAACAGAUAUUCCAUCUGAUUACUUUGAUGAAUAUAGAUGUGCUUAUUACUCAAAAGAUCAGUUGGAUGAAAUUAAAGAGGAAUUGUGUCAAUUCAUUAUCGAGCUACAGGUUUUGUGAGGUUAUAUAGCAUAUUUAGAAGAUAGAACUAGAAUGUGUUGAAAUACAUUUUGAUUAGCAUUUUUGGAGGUUAUUAGAAAUGUGUAGAUUUUUUGUAAAGGCAAACAUUUUCAAGUAUAUAUAUAAAUACUCAAAAAACUGCUGAAAUUAGAAGUA